CGCCGAGCAGCUGCGGCGCACUCGAGCCUCCCGGCUGUCCUGACGCGACGGAGCGCGGCUCGCGGUGCUAGUGAACGGGACGGCGUCAGCGGGGGGAACAGUACAUUGGAUAGAAAAGGGAGGUGAUAAUGCACCAUGGCAGUGGUCCUCAGAAUGUCCAGCAUCAGCUGCAGAGGUCUAGGUCCUUCACUGGGAGUGAAGAGGAACAGCCAGCCCAUCCCAACUUACCCCCAUCUCCUGCAGCGCCUUUCGCUCCAUCAGCCAGCCCAUCUGCACCCCAAUCCCCUGGGUAUCAGAUACAGCAGCUGAUGAGCAGAAGUCCUGUGGCCGGGCAGAAUGUGAACAUCACACUGCAGAAUGUUGGCCCAGUCGUGGGAGGAAACCAGCAGAUCACCCUGGCCCCUCUGCCACUGCCCAACCCCACUUCUCCAGGUUUUCAGUUUGGUGCGCAGCAGAGGCGUUUUGAGCAUGGCUCUCCAUCAUACAUUCAAGUUACCUCUCCGCUGUCGCAGCAGGUCCAGACUCAAAGCCCCACACAGCCUAGCCCUGGGCCAGGGCAAACCCUGCAGAAUGUUCGUGCAGGUGCCCCAGGCCCUGGGCUGGGUAUCUGCAGCAGCAGCCCCACUGGAGGCUUUGUGGAUGCCAGUGUGCUUGUGAGGCAGAUCAGCUUGAGUCCAUCAAGUGGUGGUCACUUUGUAUUUCAGGAGGCACCAGGCCUGACUCAGAUGGCCCAGGGAGCCCAGGUUCAACUACAGCAUUCAGGAGCUCCCAUCACUGUCCGAGAACGAAGACUCUCCCAACCUCAUGCACAGUCAGGAGGCACCAUCCACCAUCUAGGGCCUCAGAGCCCUGCAGCUGCAGGAGGCACUGGACUGCAGCCUCUGGCCAGCCCAAACCACAUUACCACAGCCAGCCUGCCACCCCAGAUCAGCAGCAUUAUUCAGGGACAGUUGAUACAGCAACAGCAGCAGGUGCUUCAGGGACAGCCAAUGAAUCGAUCUCUGGGAUUUGAGAGGACAUCUGGUGUGCUGCUCCCUGGUGUGGGAGGGCCUUCAGCAUUCGGGAUGACAUCCCCCCCACCACCUACCAGCCCUUCCAGAACCACCAUGCCUCCAGGCCUUUCCAGUGUGCCUAUUACAUCUGUGGGAAGCUCAGGAAUGAAGAAGGUUCCUAAGAAGUUGGAGGAGAUUCCCCCAGCCUCCCAAGAGAUGGCACAGAUGAGGAAGCAGUGCCUGGACUACCACUACAAGGAAAUGGAGGCACUCAAGGAAGUCUUCAAGGAAUAUCUGAUUGAACUGUUCUUCUUGCAACAUCUACAGGGGAACAUGAUGGAUUUCUUGGCUUUUAAAAAGAAGCACUAUGCCCCUUUACAAGCAUAUCUUAGGCAGAAUGAUUUGGACAUUGAAGAGGAGGAGGAGGAAGAAGAAGAAGAGGAAGAAAAAUCUGAAGUUAUCAAUGAUGAGGUAAAGGUUGUGACAGGCAAGGAUGGGCAGACUGGGACUCCUGUUGCUAUAGCAACCCAGCUUCCGCCAAAUGUUUCUGCUGCUUUUUCAUCCCAGCAGCAACCGUUUCAGCACCAAGCCCUGACUGGGAGCCUAGUGGUGGGGCCUGGCAGUGCCACAGAAGCCGACCCCUUUAAGAGGCAACAGGUGAUGCCACCCACAGAGCAGUCUAAGAGACCUCGUCUUGAAGUGGGUCAUCCAGGGGUAGUUUUCCAGCAUCCAGGGGUGAAUGCAGGAGUCCCUCUGCAGCAGUUAAUGCCAACAGUCCAAGGAGGAAUGCCCCCAACUCCUCAGGCCACACAGCUCACUGGACAGAAGCAGAGUCAGCAGCAGUACGACCCUUCCACAGGGCCUCCUGUGCAGAACGCCGCCAGCUUGCAUACCCCACCACCACAGCUCCCUGCGAGGUUGCCUCCGGCCAGUGUCCCAGCCACAGCCCUCCCUUCCACCUUACAAUUUUCCCAGCAGUCACAGAUGGUGGAGGCUCCAACUCAGCUCCAAAUCCCAGUGAAGACUCAACAGCUAAAUGCCCCUAUCCCUGCCCCCUUGCCAAGCCAGCUUCCUGCUCCUUCUUCACAGCCCGCCCAGCCGGCCCUACAUGUUCCGAUGCCCGGGAAGGCGCAGAUGCAGACCUCUCAGCUUUCCUCCCAGACCCAGACAGUGGCAUCGACCAGGCCCCCCUUGGACUCUGCCCAGCCCUGCCAGCGGUCUCUGCCCACUUCCUCCUCUUCCUCAUCCCUUGUACCUGUGAGUGGCUCAGGUCCUGGACCCUCGCCUGCUCGUUCUUCACCAGUGAACAGACCCUCUUCUGCUACCAACAAGGCUCUGUCUCCUAUCACUUCUCGGUCUCCAGGGGUGGCAGUAUCAGCUCCCCCUAAGCCACAGAGUCCUGCUCAGAAUGCAGCCUCAUCCCAGGAUGGUUCUCAGGAUAAGCUGGCAGAACAAAUAACACUGGAAAACCAGAUCCAUCAACGAAUAGCAGAUUUAAGGAAGGAAGGCUUGUGGUCUCUAAGGCGGCUGCCAAAGCUUCAAGAGGCUCCACGCCCGAAAUCUCACUGGGACUAUCUGCUGGAAGAGAUGCAGUGGAUGGCCACAGACUUUGCCCAAGAGCGGAGGUGGAAGUUGGCUGCUGCUAAGAAGCUUGUCAGAACUGUAGCCCGGCAUCAUGAGGAAAAGAAACUUCGUGAGGAAAGAGGCAAAAAAGAAGAACAGAGCAGACUGAGGCGCAUUGCUGCCACCACUGCCAGAGAAAUAGAAUAUUUUUGGUCAAACAUCGAGCAGGUUGUGGAAAUAAAACUACAAGUAGAAUUAGAAGAGAAAAGGAAAAAAGCCUUAAAUUUACAGAAAGUUUCCAGAAGAGGGAAAGAGUCCAGAUUAAAGGGAUUUGAUACAUCACCAGAACACUCUCUGGAUCUAGGAAUAUCUGGAAGGAAAAGAAAAGCUAGCACAUCUUUGACUGAUGAUGAAGUGGAAGAUGAAGAGGAGACCAUCGAAGAGGAGGAAGCACAUGAAGGGCUUGUAGACCACCACACAGAACUUACUAAUCUGGCCAAAGAAGCUGAGUUGCCCUUAAUUGAUUUGAUGAAGUUGUACGAAGGUGCCUUUCUGCCAAAUUUUCAGUGGCCACAGCCUGAACCUGAUCAUGAAGAGUCAAGUGGGGAAGAAGAUGUAGAAGACUGUCCUAGUGACAGGGAGAUCCGGAGGGACUCUGUUCUCAUUGACUCGCUCUUUAUCAUGGAUCAGUUUAAAGCUGCAGAGAGAAUGAGCAUUGGAAAAUCCAACACCAAGGACAUCACAGAAGUUACUGCUGUGGCUGAAGCCAUCCUACCUAAGGGCAGUGCUCGAGUCACAACUGCGGUGAAGUUUAGCGCUCCAUCUUUGUUGUAUGGUGCUCUUCGAGACUAUCAGAAGAUAGGCCUUGACUGGUUGGCCAAGCUAUACCGGAAGAAUCUCAAUGGCAUAUUAGCUGAUGAAGCAGGGCUUGGGAAAACUGUGCAGAUCAUUGCUUUUUUUGCUCACCUUGCCUGUAAUGAAGGUAACUGGGGCCCUCAUCUUGUUGUCAUGAGGAGUUGUAACAUACUCAAGUGGGAACUCGAGUUGAAACGCUGGUGUCCUGGCCUCAAAACUCUUUGUUAUGUUGGCAGCCACAGAGAGCUCAAAGCAAAGAGACAGGAGUGGACCGAGCCCAAUAACUUUCAUAUCUGCAUCACGUCGUAUAAGCAGUUCUUCAGGGGCUAUACUGCCUUCUCGAGGGUGCACUGGAAAUGCCUUGUUGUUGAUGAAAUGCAGAGGGUGAAGGGCAUGACUGAGCGGCACUGGGAAGCCAUCUUCAAGCUGCAGAGCCAGCAGCGCCUGCUUCUGAUUGAUGUACCUCUGCACAACACUUUUCUGGAGCUCUGGACCAUGGUACAUUUUCUUAUUCCUGGGAUUUCCAGGCCUUACCUGAGCUUUCCCCUGAAAGCCCCCAAUGAGGAAAACCAGGAUUACUAUCACAAGAUGGUGAUAAGAUUACACAGGGUCACACAGCCAUUUAUUUUGAGGAGAACCAAGAGAGAUGUGGAGAAACAGCUAACCAGGAAGUAUGAGCAUGUUCUGAAAUGCCGCCUUUCCAGUCGUCAGAAGGCCUUAUAUGAGGAUGUCAUCCUACAGCCUAGGACUCAGGAAGCUCUGAAGAGUGGGCACUUUGUCAGUGUCUUGAGUGUCCUGACACGGCUACAGCGAAUCUGCAACCAUCCUGGACUAGUAGAGCCACGGGUACCAGGUUCCUCCUAUGCAGCAGGCUCUCUGCAAUAUAGGUCAGCCUCUCUAAUUCUCAAAGUUCUGGAGAGAGAGUUCUGGAAGGAAACCGAUCUUUCUAUAUUUGAUCUCAUUGGGCUAGAGAAUAAAAUCACUCGCCAUGAGGCUGAAUUGCUGUAUAAGAAAAAAGUAACUCGGAAACUCAUGGAGGAAGUCUUUGCUUCACCUCCUCCAUCAGCCCGGCCAGCAGUAGUGAAGCUCAAGGCCAGCAGGUUAUUUCAGCCUGUGCAAUAUGGCCAGAAGCCUGAGGGUCGCACUGUGGCAUUCCCCAGCACACAUCCACCUCGGAUGGCAAACACCAACGCAUCCACUGCUACUCCACAGGGCCAGGUUCGAGGACGGCCACCGAUUGCUACUUUCUCUGCCAACCCAGAUACAAAAGCAGCAGCAGCCCCGUUUCAGAACUCUCAGGCUUCCGUCGGUGCGCCUCGACACCAACCCACCUCGACUUCCAGCACAGCAGCAGGCCCAGCCCAUCCUUCGAAACUGCGGGCUCAGACCGCUGUCCAGGCCUCCACCCCAGGCCCACCCCUGCCCCCGCCCCAGGCCCCCUCGCUGGUGGCCGGGCAGAGUGCACCGCCCCAGCGGCUGGUGCUUACCUCGCAGGCCCAGGCCCGCUUGCCCAGUGGGGAAGUAGUCAAAAUAGCUCAGCUGGCAUCCAUUGCAGGGCCACAGAGCCGUGUGGCCCAGCCAGAGACACCUGUGACACUGCAGUUCCAAGGGAACAAAUUCACCUUGUCACAUAGCCAGCUGCGGCAGCUCACAGCAGGUCAGCCUCUGCAGCUUCAAGGAAGUGUACUCCAGAUCGUGUCAGCCCCUGGGCAGCCCUACCUGCGAGCCCCUGGCCCUGUGGUGAUGCAGACUGUGUCUCAGGCAGGCACUGUGCAUAGCACCCUGGGAAGCAAGCCUCCAACCAGUGGCCCCAGCCCUGCACCCUUGACCCCACAAGUUGGUGUUCCGGGUCGAGUGGCAGUAAAUGCUGUGUCUGUUGGAGAACCUGGCCUGGCUUCCAAACCAGCUUCUCCUGCUGCGGGGCCAACCCAGGAGGAGAAGAGCCGACUUUUGAAGGAACGGUUGGAUCAGAUUCAUUUUAUCAAUGAGCGGCGUUGUUCCCAGGCUCCAAUGUAUGGUAGAGACUUGCUGAGGAUGUGUUCCCUGCCUGGAAGAAGAAAGAGGUCUUUGUGCUGGUCUUUGGAUAGCAACCUUGGGAAGGGUCCUAAAGGAGCAAACUAUGACAUGUUACUCUCAAAGAGUGAAGGUGAUCUGAUUUUGACAUUGAGUCAGCGUCAAGAGUCUCUUCAAGAUGUUCUUGACAGGGUAGCCUGUGUGAUUCCUCCAGUGGUGGCUACACCACCUUCCCUGUGGGUCGCGAGGCCACCCUCACUGUAUAGCAGCAGGUUGAGAACUCUGAGGCAGUGUCUGAGGGAGCACACCGGCCCUUACCAUCGGCAGCUGCAACAACUAACAGCACUGCGCUCACUGCAGUUCCCGGAGCUGAGGCUGGUGCAGUUUGACUCAGGGAAGUUAGAAGCUUUAGCAAUCCUGCUACAGAAACUGAAAUCUGAAGGACGUCGGGUGCUGAUUUUAUCUCAGAUGGUUCUUAUGCUAGACAUUUUAGAGAUGUUCUUGAACUUCCAUUAUCUCACUUAUGUACGGAUUGAUGAAAAUGCCAACAGUGAACAACGACAGGAGCUGAUGAGGAGUUUCAACAGAGACAGGCGGAUUUUCUGUGCCCUUCUCUCCACCCAUAGCCGUGCCACUGGCAUAAACCUUGUUGAGGCUGACACUGUGGUGUUUUAUGACAACGACCUAAAUCCAGUUAUGGAUGCCAAAGCCCAGGAGUGGUGUGAUAGAAUUGGGAGGUGCAAGGACAUCCACAUAUACAGGCUUGUUAGUGGCAAUUCUAUUGAAGAGAAAUUGUUAAAAAAUGGAACUAAAGAUUUGAUCCGGGAAGUAGCUGCUCAGGGAAAUGACUACUCCAUGGCAUUCUUAACUCAGCGAACUAUCCAGGAGCUGUUUGAAGUCUACUCACCUAUGGAUGAUGCUGGCUUUCCUGUGAAAGCUGAAGAAUUUGUGGUGCUUUCUCAGGAACCAUCUGUCAGUGAAACCAUUGCACCCAAGAUUGCAAGACCUUUCAUAGAGGCCCUCAAGAGCAUUGAGUGUCUGGAGGAAGAUGCGCAGAGGUCCAUAGAGGAGGCUGGGCCUGGAUCCAGCACUGUAGCUGUGUCCUCAGACUCAGACGGCUCUAGAUACGACGAGGAACCAUCACAGCUGGAGGAGCUGGCUGACUUUAUGGAACAGCUUACACCAAUUGAAAAAUAUGCAUUGAAUUAUUUGGAAUUGUUCCAUAUGACCACUGAACAAGAAAAAGAGAGAAGCAGUGAGGAUUUGUUGAUGGCAUCAAUGAAGGACUGGGAAACCCGCAAUGCUAGAUCCCUGCAGGAAAGGGAGGCCCGGAUGCAGCUGGAACAGGAGGAGGCAGAGCUUCUCACCUACACUCGGGAGGAUGCCUAUAGUAUGGAAUAUGUCUAUGAAGAUGCCGAUGGACAAACAGAAGUCAUGCCGCUCUGGACACCACCUACCCCUCCUCAGGAUGACAAUGAUAUCUACAUUGACUCAGUUAUGUGUCUCAUGUAUGAGACCACACCCAUCCCAGAAGCUAAGCUGCCUCCUGUUUAUGUGAGGAAGGAGCGCAAGCGGCACAAAACAGACCCCUCAGCUGCAGGCCGGAAGAAGAAGCAGCGGCAUGGCGAGGCAGUUGUCCCACCACGGUCCUUGUUUGACCGGGCAACACCUGGCAUGUUGAAAAUCCGGCGUGAAGGCAAAGAGCAGAAGAAGAACCUACUGCUGAAGCAGCAGACGCCCUUUGCCAAGCCUCUGCCCACCUAUGUCAAGUCCUCAGGGGAGCCUGCCCAAGACAGCCCUGACUGGCUCAUUGGCGAGGACUGGGCCUUGCUGCAGGCUGUAAAGCAGUUGCUUGAGCUGCCCCUGAACCUCACCAUUGUGUCACCUGCUCACACUCCUAAUUGGGACCUUGUCAGUGAUGUUGUCAACUCCUGUAGUCGAAUCUACCGUUCUUCCAAGCAGUGCCGGAAUCGUUAUGAGAAUGUCAUCAUUCCCAGAGAGGAGGGGAAGCUGAUUUGUGAAGCUAAUCCAAAGAAAAAGGCACAAAAUAUUUAUAAGAGUAAGAACAACCGUCCGCUCCGCACAAGCCAGAUUUAUGCUCAGGAUGAGAACGCCACUCACACCCAGUUGUACACAAGCCACUUUGAGCUGAUGAAAAUGACAGCUGGCAAGAGAAGCCCCCCAAUCAAGCCUCUGCUUGGCAUGAAUCCCUUUCAGAAGAACCCCAAACAUGCCUCUGUGCUGGCAGAAAGUGGGAUCAACUAUGACAAGCCACUGCCUCCCAUUCAAGUUGCGUCUCUCCGUGCAGAGCGAAUUGCAAAAGAGAAAAAGGCUUUGGCUGAUCAGCAGAAGGCACAGCAACCACCCGUGACACAGCCACCCCCUCAGCAGCCGCAGCAGCAGCCGCAACCACAGCAGCAACAACAGCAGCAACCCCCGCCACCUCCACAGCAGCCACCACCACCAGUGCCCCAGCCACAGGCAGCAAGCAGUCAGACACCAACAGGGCAGCCUGCUGUCCAGCCUCAACCCCAGGUCCAGGCCCAGCCACAGCCUGUGCAGCCACAGUCAAAGGGGCAGCCCACAAUGACAACUGUGGGCAGUGCUGCUGUGCUGGCAGGAACCAUUAAAACAUCAGUCACUGGAACAAGCAUCCCAACAGGGACUGUAAGUGGAAACGUGAUUGUGAACACAAUAGCUGGUGUCCCUGCUGCUACUUUCCAGUCAAUUAACAAGCGUCUGGCAUCACCUGUGGCUCCUGGAGCUUUGACUACGUCUGGAGGUUCUGCUCCUGCUCAGGUAGUCCACACUCAGCAAAGAGCAGUUGGUUCCCCAGCUACUGCCACCACUGACCUGGUGUCCAUGACAACAACUCAAGGUGUUCGAGCAGUUACUUCCGUGACUGCCUCAGCUGUGGUCACUACCAACCUGACUCCAGUGCAGACCCCAACCCGCUCCUUAGUAACCCAAGUGUCUCAAGCCACAGGGGUUCAGCUACCUGGAAAAACCAUCACCCCUGCUGCUCAUUUCCAGCUUCUUAGGCAGCAGCAGCAGCAACAGCAACAGCAGCAACAGCAACAGCAGCAGCAGCAGCAGCAGCAGCAACAACAGCAGCAGCAGCAGCAGACUUCUCAGGUGCAAGUUCCACAGCUCCAGAGCCAGGCCCAGUCUCCUGCACAGAUCAAAGCUGUGGGCAAGCUAGCACCGGAACACAUCAUCAAGAUGCAGAAACAGAAGAUGCAGCUGCCACCACAGCCCCCACCACCGCAGGCCCAGCCAGGUCCCCCACAGCAACCAGCGCAAGUGCAAGUGCAGACUCCACAGCCCCCACAGCAACAGCAAAGUCCUCAGCUCACCACAGUCACAGCCCCACGGCCUGGAGCUUUGCUCACAGGCACCACAGUGGCCAACCUCCAGGUGGCUCGGCUUACCCGAGUCCCUACUUCUCAGCUGCAGGCACAAGGGCAGAUGCAAACUCAGACACCCCAGCCUGCUCAGGUGGCCUUGGCAAAGCCUCCGGUGGUAUCUGUCCCAGCGGCUGUGGUCUCCUCGCCAGGGGUCACGACCCUGCCUAUGAACGUUGCAGGGAUCAGCGUGGCAAUUGGACAGCCACAAAAAACAGCAGGGCAGACUGUUGUGGCCCAACCCGUACAUGUCCAACAACUGCUGAAGCUCAAGCAGCAGGCAGCUGUCCAGCAGCAGAAGGCCAUCCAGCCACAAGUUGCCCAGGGCCAGGCUACUGUCCAACAGAAGCUGACCACCCAACAGAUUACUCAGGGCCCACAGCAGAAGGUCGCUUAUGCUACCCAGCCAACCCUUAAAACCCAGUUUCUGACCACACCCAUCUCUCAGGCCCAGAAACUGGCUGGGACUCAGCAGGUGCAGACUCAGAUCCAGGUUGCAAAACUUCCUCAAGUUGUGCAGCAACAAACACCUGUGGCCAGCAUACAGCAAGUUGCAUCGGCUUCUCAGCAGGCGUCUCCACAGACAGUGACACUCACACAGGCAACAGCAGCAGGGCAACAAGUACAGAUGAUCCCAACAGUGACUGCAACAGCCCAGGUGGUGCAGCAGAAGCUCAUUCAGCAGCAGGUGGUGACUACAGCUUCAGCAUCACUGCAGACUCCUGGUGGCCCAAGCCCAGCACAGCUUCCAGCCAGCUCUGACAGUCCGAGCCAGCAGCCAAAGUUGCAAAUGAGAGUUCCUGCUGUGAGGUUGAAGACACCCACCAAACCUCCAUGCCAGUAGGAUACAAACUGGUUGGUACUGUGCUAAAGCUGCCCUGGCAGCUGCCACCUGUAGGGUGGCUACACAGUUGUUUGACUUUGUCCUGUGUGUAUGUCACAGUGGCAGUCCAUGUUUAGGCUGUGCAGAGCUCAGUACUUGGUAGGGCUACAUAUCCUACCAUUGUUCAGCACAUGCAUUGUAGUCCUUCAGCAGGAGAGAUUCAAGUCUCUUUCCAGAGCCUUCACUCUGGUCCUCUCUCUUAAAGUGCGUAUACCCUUCUCAGCAUAGCUUAUGUUACAGGCACCCAUCUUGCCCCAGUGAACAUUAGUUUUGAUUUGAAUGAAGCUCUGGGGCUGAUACCAUCUCUGUAUAGUAAGUUUGUGUAUAGACACACUUUACUAGGCACCUCAGUGGAUCCUUUACAGUGUUCUUGUGACAAGCUAGUGUGGGUCUCAAGUGCUGUAUAUGACAGAUGAGGUAGCCUGGUGGAGCUGAAACCAAGAUUACGUUCCCUUACUUUUUUCCUGGUCUAGGCUUAGUCUGGAGAGCCUAGCAUUUGCCUAGGAAGGCAUCAUUUGGUCCACCAUACCCUGGCAGCUCUUUACCAAGUUCAGUCAUGACUGACUGAACUGUUAUGCCAUUGCAGUUGAAGGGAAAAGGGUUAGUUAAAUGAAGCUGAGUCCUCUGUGUUUACUAGUCUUACUACUACAAGGUGACAUGUGGCAUUAAUGGACAUAGCAAGCUGACUAUGCCAGAGUGGAGGGUCCAUGGUUCCACAUCUGUGCUGAAGCCUGUUUUAUGGCCUAUGCUGUCAUGUCAGCACUGCAGCCUGGAAGACAGAGGUAGUUGUGUUGUGUGCCAUCAUGUCUGUCCUGUGUGGGCAGGAAUGUGACAAUACAUCCCAUCCUGAUGCCACCCAGAACUCACUUUUGAGCUCUUAAUGUGAAACUUGGGGAUUAAGUAGCAGGGGUUGAAAAAACAGAAAAGGUCCUGUAUGUGGUCUCAUAAGCAAAAACCCCAUUAUUUUGUCUUGGUGUGUCCUGUGAUGAGGGAAAGAGCUUUGGGGGUACCUGGUACCCAGCAGUACCUGUUCCCUGUAGGUCCAUGGGCUCCUUGGUAAACAACACACCUUUCUCCAUCCUUCUUACUGUUGUGGCAGCCUUCAGUGUGCCCAUGUCAUGUGUUUGGUGGGACACAAAAGGAAGUGUGAGAAGCAGAGUGUUCAUUUUUGGCAGUUGCUUUUAUUUUUCAAUCAGAUAGCUGUUGUGCUUUUUUUUUUUUUUUAAAUGUAAGAAACAGGACUGAAAUUGUAAAUACUUUGUAAACAUGAGCAUUUGUACUUGAAUAGGAUUUUAAAAGGACAAGAUGCCCUACUUAAGCAAAGGCUAAUAAAUAACCUUUCUACA